UCAACUGCCACUGUGUUUUGUAAGCUUAGUAAUCCAUCCAGUGCAACUCUAUUUUCAACGUCAGCCUAUGAUUUUGUUCAGUAUCUAAGUAACACACGAGAGGGCGACAUAAUUAAAGCAAAUGUCUUUAAUGCACAUGGGUUAACAUUAUCAAUGACAUGCCAGUAUAAAUCAUCAAUAUCGUGCCAUGAGGAGGCUACCAAGAUUUAUAUUGCAAUUUACGGUGAGCAUCAUUCGAAGGUAGCUGGAAGUUAUAACAACUUGGGAGGUGUUUAUCAGGAUCUUGGACGGUACAAUGAAGCCAAAGAAUAUCACGAGAAGGCACUGAUCAUCAAGAAAAAGAUUUUCUUGGAGGAGCAUGAUCAGGUCGCAACAAGUUAUAACAACUUGGGAAGUGUUUAUCAAGCUCUUGGACAGUACAAUGAAGCAAAAAAAUACCACGAGAAAGCACUGAUCACCAGGAAAAAGAUUUUCGGCGAGGAGCAUGAUGAUGUCGCAACAAGUUAUAACAACUUGGGAACUGUUUAUCAAGCUCUUGGACAGUACAAUGAAGCAAAAGAAUACCUCAAGAAGGCACUGAUUAUCAGGAAAAAGAUUUUCGGGGGGGAGCACGAUCGUGUCGCAACAAGUUAUAACAACUUGGGAAGAGUUUAUCGAGCUUUUGGACAGUACAAUGAAGCCAAAGAAUAUCACGAGAAAGCACUGGCCAUCAGAAAAGCGAUUUUCGGCGAGAAACAUGCUAAAGUCGCAGGGAGUUAUAGCAACUUGGGAAGUGUUUAUCACUCUCUUGAACAGUAUAAUGAAGCAAAAGAAUAUCACGAGAAAGCACUGGUCAUCAGGAAAGAGAUUUUCGACGAGGAACAUGCUAAAGUCGCAGCGAGUUAUAGCAACUUGGGAAGUGUUUAUCAAGCUCUUGGACAGUACAAUGAAGCCAAAGAUUAUCAAGAGAAGGCACUGAUCAUCAUGAUAAAGACUUUGGGGGAGAAGCAUGAUCAUGUCGCAACAAGUCAUAACAACUUGGGAAAUGUUUAUCAAGCUCUUGGACAGUACAAUGAAGCAAAAGAAUAUCACGAAAAGGCACUGAUCAUCAGGAAAAAGAUUUUCGCCGAGGAACAUGCUUAUGUCGCAGAAAGCUAUAACAAUUUGGGAAAUGUUUAUCAAGCUCUUAGACAGUACAAUGAAGCAAAAGAAUACUACGAGAAGGCACUGAUCAUCAGGAAAAAGAUUUUUGGCGAGGAACAUGCUAAUGUCGGAUCAAGUUAUGAGAACUUGGGAAAUGUUUAUCAUGCUCUUGGACAGUACAAGGAAGCCAAAGAAUAUCACAAGAGAGCACUGAUCAUCAGGAAAAAGAUUUUCGGGGAGGAGCAUGAUGAUGUCGGAACAAGUUAAAAACUUGGGAAAUCUUUAUCAAGCUCUUGGACAGUACAACGAAGCAAAAGAAUAUCACGACAAGGCACUGAUCAUCAGGAAAAAGAUUUUGGGGGAGGUGCAUGGUGAUGUCGGAUCAAGUUAUUACAAGUUGGGUAAUAUUUAUCAGUCUCUUGGACAGUACAAUGAAGCCAAAUAAUAUCACGAGAAGGCACUGAUCAUCACGAAAAAGAUUUUCGGCGACGAACAUGCUAAUGUCGCAAUAAUUUAUAGCAACUUGGGAACUGUUUAUCAAGAUCUUGGACAGUACAAUGAAGCCAAAGGAUAUCACGACAAGGCACUGAUCAUCACGAAAAAGAUUUUCGGCGAGGAACAUGCUAAUGUCGCAACAAUUUAUAGCAAGUUGGGAAGUGUUUAUCGCGAUCUUGGACAGUACAAUGAAGCCAAGGAAUAUCAUGAAAGGGCACUGAUCAUCAGGAAAAAGGUCUUUAGCGAGGUACACGCUGCUAUAACGAGAAGCUACAAAAAUUUGGCAAACGUUUAUCAAGGUCUUAAACAGUGCAGUAAAGGAGACGAAUGCCUUAAGAACGCCAGAGAGAUCCUUAAACUGUGCAACCAAACAAGGAGGACAGAGAGUACA